GUCCGGUUCCUCAUUCUGUGUGUGCGUGUAUGUGAGUGUGUGUGCUCGCUUCAAUGAGUCUUUCAGAGAGUACACUCAAAACUCAUUUCUUUCCGGACAUAUUAACUUUAAAUGCGAAUUAACCUCUUUUCUGACUUUUGACAGGAAACAUGGGUUGUAUAAAAUCCAAGUUGGAUGAUGACCAAAAUGGAGGUGUGCUUGAAAUGAACAAACACCAGCCAGUACGUACUGACCAAACUGUAUAUGUGAGAGAUCCAACCUCCCAUAAGCCUCCUAUUAAUAAUUCAUCUCCAGGCCUCCUACCUGGUCAGGUGUUCCAAAAAAUGGAAGAAACAGGUAAAAUGGUAAUUGCCUUGUACCCCUACGAAGCCAUUCAUACUGAUGAUCUGGGCUUUAAAAAAGGAGAGAAGUUAAGGGUUCUUGAGGAGCAUGGAGAAUGGUGGAAGGCAAUGUCUCUUAGCACAAGAAAAGAAGGAUUCAUACCAUCAAACUAUGUUGCUGAAGCAGACACUAUGGAGACAGAAGAAUGGUUCUUUAAAGACAUCACAAGGAAGGAUGCCGAGAGGCAACUAUUAGCACCUGCUAACAAACCUGGAUCUUACCUUUUACGUGAGAGUGAAACCUCAAAAGGAAGUUAUUCACUCUCAAUCAGAGAUGUGGAUGCUCAGGGGUUGGAUGUUGUUAAACAUUAUAAGAUCAGAUCUUUGGAUAAUGGCGGCUACUACAUCUCUCCAAAAAUCACAUUCAAUGACAUCCACAGCAUGAUAAAACAUUACCACAAACAAGCAGAUGGAUUAUGUCGAAAACUAGAGAAAUCAUGUGAGAAGCCCAAAGCACAGAAACCAUGGGACAAAGAUGCCUGGGAAAUCUCAAAAGAAUCUAUAAAGAUGGUGAAGAAACUUGGAGCAGGGCAGUUUGGAGAGGUGUGGUUGGCCUACUACAAUAACAGCACAAAAGUGGCAGUGAAAACACUCAAGCCCGGCACAAUGUCAGUAGAGGCUUUCCUAGAGGAGGCCAACCUUAUGAAAACCUUACAGCACGAUAGGCUGGUGCGCCUCUAUGCAGUUGUCACCAAAACAGAGCCCAUCUACAUCAUCACUGAAUUUAUGGCGAAUGGAAGCUUAUUGGAUUUUUUGAAAACUGAGGCAGGCUGCAAAGUACAGUUACCAAAGCUUAUUGAUUUUUCAGCACAGAUAGCAGAAGGUAUGGCCUACAUUGAGAAGAAGAAUUACAUUCACAGAGACUUGAGAGCUGCGAACGUACUGGUUUCAGAAAGCCUGUUGUGCAAAAUAGCAGAUUUUGGCCUGGCCAGAGUAAUUGAAGAUGACCAAUACACAGCCAGAGAAGGAGCAAAAUUCCCUAUCAAAUGGACAGCACCUGAGGCUAUCAACUACGGCUCUUUCACCAUCAAAUCGGAUAUGUGGUCUUUUGGGGUUCUCCUGUAUGAGAUUAUAACAUAUGGGAAAAUUCCUUAUCCAGGCAUGAGUAACGGUGAGGUAAUGAGCUCAAUCCAGAGAGGCUACCGGAUGCCCCGUCCUGAAAACUGUCCUGCUGAACUUUAUGAGAUCAUGAACUCCUGUUGGAAGAAUAAACCGGACGACCGUCCCACAUUUGACUAUAUUCAGAGUGUACUAGAUGACUUCUACACAGCCACUGAGGGCCAGUACCAGCAACAGCCAUGAGGCUGCAAAAUGAUCUCUUGUGUUUGACUUUAUCAUGUUUGUAGUGUUUUACAAUGAUCAAAAGAUCUGUGAUUUAUCUACAAAUGAAUGUAAUUAUAUGUAACUAAUAAUUUGAUCAAUCUGCUUACUUAUAAUUACUUAUAAUUAUAAGUAAGCAAGGAUUAGAUUUUCUAUCUCUGCUUCAAAUUGAAGUUUUAACUGCCUAUUUGCUACCUUUGCUCUUCACGUUCAACAUUUCAGUGGGUGCACUUGUAAUUAUAUACUUCAAAGUAGCAUUUGCUAAAUUCAAGGAUUUAAAAGGAAUAUUACACCCAAAAAUAAAUUUAAAAUUCUCAUCAUUUACUCACCCUCAUGCCAUCCCAGAUAUGUAUGACAUUCUUUCUUCUGCAGAACACAAACAAAGAUUCUAAGAAAGAUGUCUCACAUAGCUGAAAUAUUCUUCUAAAAAUCUUUGUU